CAAACAUAGGCCCCUCGUUAAACCCAUGAUGGUUGUAACUACUACGGGUUACAUAAUUUCCGUUCUUGGACCCUAUCUAGCGGAUUCAAAAAAUAACGAUGCUAGCAUUCUAAAACACAUGAUUCUACACAACACUGAAGAAAUGAAAUCCUGGUUAAAAGAGGAUGACGUGUUUGUUGUGGAUAGGGGAUUCAGGGACACUGGAGAUGUGUUGGAAGAUCUUGGUAUCCAAAUGGAAAUGCCGUCAUUCAUACAGAGGGGAGAUAAACAACUGACAACCCAUGAUUCAAAUAUUUCUAGAGUGGUUACAAAGGUAAGAUGGGUUGUGGAAGCUGCUAAUGCUCGACUGAAACAAUGGAAAUACCUGGAGAAGACCCUACCUAACACCCAGAUACCAUUCAUCGGGGAUUAUAUCAGAAUUGUAUCAGCCAUUUGUAAUAGGUAUCGGCCACCACUGUGCACUACCACAUCCGAUGAUCAGUCAAUUGCUGCAAAAAUGCUUCAUCUCUCCCGAAAAGAAAAUGCACUACAGAAACGUGUGGAGGAAGAGGGUUUGGACAAGAGGCCAGUUCGUUGGGUAAAGGUUGACGCCGAACAGUGUGCGCCAGAUUUCCCAAAAUAUGACGAAAAUGGUAUAAGAGAGCUAACUUUGGGGGUAUACCAACUUCGUAUGGCUCGAUCAUAUACACACGAACACACGGACAUCGAAGGUAAAUACGAGAUUUUAGUAAGCGAUGAUAUACAGGGAAUACUAUCCGCUAAAAUCCAGAGUAGACAUAUAUCGGCUAGAAAUUAUCAGUGCUGGAUAAGUUAUAAUGAUGGUGUGAUUGAUGGUUGGUUUUGUAAGUGUAAGGCGGGGAGCAGAGUAGUCGGAAUGUGUGGCCACAUCACCAGUGUCGUGUGGUUUCUUGCGCACGCGAGACAUGAAGUCGAUUCUGUGAAAGGUGUCAGGAAUUGGAGCACCUCUGUUAAUGAUGCAUCAGAUCUACCCGAAAUUAUCGAUGAAUCAGACAGUGAUGAGGACAGUGAUGUUGAAGAGUGA